CCAGGCUCUCGCUCUCUCCCCGCUGUCAUGGCCCCUCUCGUCUCUCUCCCCUUCCCCCUCCCCCGUCCUUUCCGUCUGCUGCCACCAGGGCCGUCGCCGCUUCGCCUCCCGGCCCCGUCGUCUGUUCCCCGAAAUCCGGGAACCACCUGAUUGUUAAGAAUGGGUGCUAUCAACAACUCGGAUUCGACAUGGCAAAGCAAACUGGAGCUUAUCACUCGCAAUCUUCAGGAAGUUUUGGGAGAAGAUAAAAUAACCACUAUCCUGAAAGAUCGGGACCUAAAAGUCUACUGGGGCACAGCAAUUACGGGCCGUCCCCAUAUUGCUUACUUUGUCCCAAUGUCCAAAAUUGCAGACUUCUUGAGAGCAGGCUGUGAGGUGACCAUUCUGUUCGCAGAUCUUCAUGGAUAUUUAGACAAUCAAAAAGCACCUUGGGAGCUUCUGGCCCUCCGGACUCAAUAUUACGAAAAUGUCAUUAAACAAAUGCUCCUGUCUAUUGAUGUCCCUCUUGAUAAGCUCAAGUUUGUCCGGGGAACAGACUACCAACUUUCAAGAGAGUAUUCCCUGGAUGUAUACAGAAUGAGCUCUGCAAUCACAGAGCAUGACGCCAAAAAAGCAGGCGCAGAAGUGGUGAAGCAAGUGGAGCACCCCCUGUUGUCUGGUUUACUGUACCCUGGUCUUCAGGCUUUAGAUGAAGAGUACCUGAAAGUUGAUGCGCAAUUUGGAGGGGUCGAUCAAAGAAAAAUCUUUACCAUGUCAGAAAAGUACUUACCCCAACUAGGCUAUGCGAAGCGAGCUCACUUGAUGAAUCCUAUGGUUCCUGGCCUUACUGGUGGUAAAAUGUCAUCCUCUGAAGAGGAUAGCAAAAUUGACCUUCUGGAUGAGCCCGCUGUUGUCAAAAAGAAGCUAAAGAAAGCAUUUUGCGAGCCCGGAAAUAUCACUGAGAAUGGAAUCCUAUCUUUUGUGAAGCACGUCAUAUUCCCUCUUGGUGCCCAGGAAGGGUUCCUUGUCCCCCGUUCAGCUGAUCAUGGUGGAGACCUCACUUUUAGUACAUUUGAAGAACUAGAACAGGCAUUUGCCAAACAGGAAAUCCACCCAGGUGAUCUCAAGGCUGCUGUUGAACCCCAGAUAAACAAGCUGCUAGCUCCUAUCAUUAAAACCUUCCAGGAUCCCAAGCUCAAAGAGCUCACAGCCAAAGCAUACCCUCCACCGGGCAAAGCUACCAAGGGUGGAGCAGCAGGAGCAGCUUCAGACGAGCUUGUGCCCAGCCGACUUGAUAUCAGGGUUGGCAAAAUUGUUGAUGUUCAGAAUCACCCUGAAGCUGACAGUUUGUAUGUCGAGAAAAUUGAUGUUGGUGAGGGUGUGCCCAGAACAAUCGUUAGUGGUUUAAAGAACUUUGUUCCCAUCGAGGAAAUGCAAAAUCGUGAUGUUAUUGUUUUGUGUAACCUUAAGCCAGCUAAGAUGCGGGGUGUUGAAUCCUGUGGUAUGGUAUUGUGUGCCUCUGUUGAUGAACCAAGGGCAGUGGAGCCUCUGUUAGCUCCUGAGGGCAGUGCCCCAGGAGAAAGAGUUUUUGUUGAAGGCUAUGAGAAUGGGACACCUGAUGAUGUCCUCAAUCCGAAAAAGAAAGUCUGGGAGAAGCUUUCGGCUGAUUUGAAAACAUCUUCUCAGUGUGAAGCUCAGUGGCAAGGAAAUCCUCUCCUCACAAAAUUGGGCAAGAUUACCUCAAAAUCACUGAAAUCUGCACCAAUCAAGUGAGGGGGCUGUGGCGUGACACGGAAAUAAAACAUAUUUAUUUAUGAUUAAAGGUUAA